CUUUAUCGUGACGUGUCUUUCCUGUUCAGCCGGUAGACACACCGACCUGCCUGUCUGUAGCUGAGCAGCUGGAAUAUCGCUCGAACCGAGGUUAAAAACCCAACUUAAAGGAAAUCAUGGUGACAGACGUGCAGCUGGCCAUAUUUGCCAACAUGCUUGGCGUGUCCUUGUUCCUGCUGGUUGUGUUAUAUCACUACGUUGCCGUCAAUAACCCCAAGAAGCAGGAGUAGAGUCCCCCAGUAUGACUGGAGAGGUGAGAUGGGAGUCAAAACCGCCACCAUGGAAACAACAUUCCCCUCAUCCAACCCUCUUUCCAAAAAAUUGAUUUCUAUGUUUGCACAGUCGUGUUUUUUUUCUAAUAAAAAUGUUUAAAUUCCAUUU